CGUACACAUGACCGGUCAUACAUAUUCCGCUAGGUAGAGUUUAUCGGAAGAGGCAUUCCUGCAGCAGGUUCGAGCUGAAUGAACUGAUCGACAAAUUCCAAGAUUUAGAUAUCUGGCCAGAUGGUUACCUCACUGAAGUUUUCGGCCACCUUGGCUCAGUCUGACCCUCAAAAUAAUGCAGUUGUCAUAAUUGGGCAGCCUAAGAAUCUGGGUCUUAUUUCAUUUGAUGAUGUCCGUUGCAAGUUGGAGCCAAGAGUGGAUGCAGAUACAUUUAACACUGCUGUGUCAGGGCUACAUCCAUCCCCAACGGACUCCUGUUCCUUGUGGCUGAACAAUGCCACUGUUGCUGCCCUGCCUACCAAGUGUAGCAGACACAACACACCUUCGCGUUGUCACUCGCUAACCAAGAUCGUCAAGAGCUGCCUUGUUGGGGGAGAUGAAUAUGUUGUGAUUGUCUGUGAGAGAGGUGAUGCCCUGGCCUCUGCUGCAGCCGUGGGGCGAGCUCUGCCUCUGUACACAGCCAAGUCAAAUCAGGGAGGUGGGAAGCGCACAGUCAAUGUAGAGUUUCUCCUUGUGGGCCAGUACAGUGACACACCUCUCAGUGAAACUGACAUCCAGUGCAUGGCUGUUGCUGCAGAGAAUGUUCGUCUUGCUGCAAAGAUUGUUGAUGUUCCAUGUGCUGAAAUGCAUACGGAUGCAUUUCUAGAUGAAGUGAGAAGAAUUGGUAAUGACCUUGGCAUUCAACCAGUCAUCAUUCAGGGGGAGGAUCUCAAGAAGCAGGGAUUUGGAGGUAUAUAUGGUGUAGGCAUGGCUGCGAUCCACCAGCCAGCUCUUGCUGUUCUAAGUCACAAACCUUCCGGGGCCACAAAAAGCAUUGCAUGGGUAGGAAAGGGUAUCGUCUACGACACUGGCGGACUCUGCAUCAAAUCAAAGACUGGGAUGUGCGGGAUGAAGCGAGACUGUGGAGGAGCUGCUGGGAUCCUGGCAGCUUUCCAUACUGCUGUCAAACUGGGAUUCCGAGAAAACCUUCAUGCUGUGUUGUGUUUGGCGGAGAAUGCUGUGGGACCAACAGCGCAGAGACCAGAUGACAUAGUCACCAUGUAUUCAGGGAGAACUGUAGAACUGAACAACACAGAUGCCGAGGGGAGACUGGUGUUGGGAGAUGGUGUUGCAUAUGCCCAGAAGGACCUGAAAGCUGAUGUCAUUGUGGAUAUGGCAACACUUACUGGGGCCCAAUCAGUUGCAACAGGUCGUUACCAUGCAAGUAUUGUGACAAACAGUGAGGACAUGGAACUUGCCUGUGUGAAAGCUGGCCAGAACAGUGGUGACCUUGUCCACCCCAUGCCAUACUGCCCAGAGCUACACUUCAGUGAAUUUGCUAGUGCACUGGCUGAUAUGAAGAACUCUGUCGCUGAUCGUAAUAAUGCCCAGGUGUCAUGUGCAGGCCUGUUUAUUGGCUCCCACCUUGGCUUCGACUACUCUGGUGUCUGGCUUCACAUCGACAUGGCAGCACCAGUGCACGUGGGUGAGAGAGCAACUGGAUAUGGCGUUAGUCUACUUACGACCCUAUUUGGAGAGUUGUCAACCAAUUCCAUGCUCAAGUUUAUAGCGCCAUCAGUCAACUGUAACAUGGAAACAGAUGAGAACAAUUCACCAAAGAAACAGCGUCUCCAAUAAGAUACUUUUGCACUUCAGAAAACACACUUCAACUUGACAAAUUCCUGAAAAAUCAGAUUUGUUCAUUUUUAACCUCGUGCUUAAGAUUUGUGAAUGGAUUAUAAUGAUUCUGGAUGCCGAUUCAAAUUUUAGCCAGUAAGCAGUUUUAUACCUUGAUUUUUAUUGGCAUUUUUAUUGAAAAGAGUAAGAUAGGUUUUACUCUAGUAUAUGUUAAUAAUUUUUAAUCUUCAUACCUGAAUAUACUAGAAUAUAUAUGAAUAAUAUCUUUUAUGAUACGACUAGUCCUGAAAGGUUUACAAGUUACAGUUAGUGUGUAUGUGCCCAGGAUCAUAUUUGUCUAUGUGAUGAUUAUGUGUUUAUGUUAAAUAUUUUUGUUCUAUUUUAUUCUCAUUUUUAUAAAUCGAAUGUUUGACUGGUUUGAUGUUAGGUGACGACACCCAGACUGCAUAACUACAGCAUGUUUACUAUGUAGCAGUCACUGUCAGUGUUAACUAGUGUCCUUAAAGUUGCACACAGUGCAAAUAAAACUAUGGAAGCCUGAUUCUUAAUCAGAAUAUUGUUAAGUGUGGUGGUAAAACAAAUCUCUUACUGUAGUGUCAUGUCUGAAAAUGAUCGUGUUUUUCCAUACAUUUACCGUUCACACGAGGAUGACAUUUCUUUAUAUGGUACUAUUGAAAUGAUGUCUGAUUGAUCAGUAAUUUAUGUUGGCAAGCAAUAAGUCUAUUAAAUUUUGAUAGUUGAGUAUUUGUAGUUGUAUUCUGUUCUUUAGGGAGUAGAUCCACUUACUGGCUGAUACAGUAAACAUGUAGAGAUCUGCUUGUAGCAGAUGAUUAACACUAAUACUGUGGUUAGGAUCUAUAGUGAGUCUGACUGUCUUACCAUUCUGUAUCACCACAAUAAGAUGUCUGUAAAAUUAUCCAGAUCUUUUCAUCACCUCACACAAAGACUUUAAAUCACCUUUGUUUAUAUGUUGGUUAACAAUGACAGUGUUAUCAAAGUAUAUAGACUACUACUAAAAACAGUUUGAUUCUUUCAUGUUACUGAAGUUAUUCUGUCACAGAAUUAAAAAAUAAUCGGAAAGUUUACUUUAAUAAUAAGAAAGAAUCAUGGCCCCAAUCCACAAAGCGUUUGUAACAUUAAGACAUAUCGUAACUCAUACUUUACCAUAGGCUUACUAAAGGCAUGAUGCUAUGGACAUUUUUGGGACCCAGGUGGCACUGAAUCUUUUUUAGUAGUGCACAUGGCAGAGACUCUGGGCCUUGGAGAUGUCUUGUCAUUAAAUAUACUGACUACAUGCAUGAAAGAUGUUGACAGUUGUAAAAUGUUUCAGUGGUUGACUAUAUCUGUGAUUUUUGUGUUUUAGUGAUGUGGCUCUUUUGCUGCAGUGUUAAAUACUUGUUGAAGUAUGAUUGGUAGAGGAAGGGCAUAGGUUCAAAGAAAUAUAAUUGUGCAAAUUUCAAUCCAAGGAAAAGUAAAUUUAUAUAAUGAACACUAUUUUAGUUAUUUAAUUGAAUAAAAUAUAUUAUGUAUUA